GCCGCCGCGACUUGAGGGGCGCGCGCGCCCGGCUCCGUCCGCGGCAGCCCCGCCGGCAGCGCUGAGCCCGCUCCACAGACAGAGACACAUCCAGAGCCGGAUCCACAUCCAGCGACCGCGCCGGACACGCUCCCUGCUCACACCGCACCGCAACACAGCACCGCCACCGCCGCCCGCAGCGCCCCGCGCCCCGUCCGCAGGAAAUUAAAGAGUUCGAGGAAAGCUUUCCAAGGGGAGUUUUCUGGGAAGGAAAUAGUUUCUUGUGUGUUUGGUUUUUUUUUUUUUUUCUUUUUUAAUGAAGAAGACCAUCUAACUUUUCUGUGGUAGAGUAACUUGCCUUCCUGCAGCACGGGAGGAAUCCUUUCCUGCAUUUACAAACCUGGAGGAAGCUUUAAAAGAUACAAGAGUUGGAAAAUGGUUCUCCCAAAGAGGAGUGGAUGUAUUGGGAUGUAGCUACUGUACAAAGGUCUCACUUGGAUGGUUCUGGAUAGGAAAAAGGACCCUUCCCUGCCCUCCUGAAGAGGCUGCCACCCUUCCAGCCUCAGCAUAAUGAAUGGUUUCCAUCACGGGGUGCUGAAGUUGCCUCCUCCGACUGCUCGGCUGCACAGAAGAGUUUGUGAGAGUUACAAAGGAAGUAACUCCUGCUAAAGGCAUUAAACCAAACAAAAGGGGCUCUCCAUUCACAUGAGGACACACAUAGUGGGAAGCUGAAGCUUUUCUACGCCCUGGCCUGGUGUGCUUAUGUACCAUGGUAAAUCUUGGUUGGAAUGCUCAUUGAGCGUCGUGCCAGGAGCCAGGGAACACACACCACCAACAGGGACCAUCUGAGUAAACACCUCCAAGGACAGAACUGCUCCAUGGAGUAAACCCUGAGAGUGACUGGAGAGACAGACAUUCCUUUAUUGGAUAACCUCAAGCACAAAACUUACUCGUACCUUUAAAUACGGUAGGAUCAAUAUUAAUUUAUUUUCCUUUUCGUGCCUCGGAGAAUAAAGUUCAAUUAAUAUAUGAACCCACAAGAGGAAAGGUCGUGACACUGCUUAAUGCACAGGUCAUCUUGCAGGAGUUCUCACAACCCUAAUUACAAUGGUAAUUGAAUUAUGUUGUCUUAAAAGCUAUAAAAAUGCUAAUCACCUGAACUCAGUGUACAAACACACUACUGAUGCAAAGUACGAUCCCAGUCUCAAGAGUUAAUUUCUAUUAUGCUACUAAUAAGAUGGGAAAACGUGGUUAAACCCGCCAAAUAGUCUCUGAUUAGCGUGCUGCCUAGUAAAGAAGACUUUUGAGAAUGACAAAUAUUUAAACAUGAAAUUGAGCAUGUAAUGAAAUGCUUCAUCCAGCCAGCUAGAAAGGCAGAGCUCUACCGACUGUAACGUUCACCUUUCGAAACACUCCUGGCUUGAGCAGCGAGCGAAGGAGGCCACGGGGUUUGGGAGUUGCACAACGCGGCGUGGAGUACUCAGAAGGCCUUGGGAAAAGGGCUUAGCUGGCCCUUCCUUAUUUGCUCUGCCCAUCCUGCUUUGCCAUUAGGGCUUUCUUUGGGGCCUCCAAAAUAGCUACCGCUGACUUGUGGGUUUGGUAAGGGUUUUAUAGUUCACUCGAGGGCUCCUGGGGUAGUUAGCUGGCUUAGGAAUUACUUCUUAUCUUUCAGAUAUAGAAUGAUUUACUUGAACUCUGGUGUGACUCUUAACUCUGUACUUAUCUGGUAUCUGUGAACAAAGACUGUAUGCAUGAAAUGUGAAGGAAUCCUUAAGAAGAGCCUUCCUGCUUAAGCAAAACAACUCACGGAUCAGACAUACUCAAUUACAUUAUUUUCAGUCACUUUGCAGAAUAACCUAUUAAGUUAAUUGAAUUAGUACAAGAUGUGGUAGAAUUACUGAUGUAAGGAAAAGAAAGCAAAAUGUGUCUGUGAGCUUGAAUUUUGGUUUAAUGUGUGUGUGUGUGUGUGUUUCAGAUAUCUUCUGUAAUGUUGAAUUUUUUCACUGCAGUUUCUUCCACUGAUGAUCUGGAUAAUUUUGUUUGUUUGGUUUUUUUAGAUUUGUUGAAGAUCAGAACUGUAUACAAAUCUCAUCAUUCCUGACCAUGUUAAGUGUAACCUGGAGCAUCUUCCUAGUUUGGACUAAAAUAGGGCUGUUACUUGACAUGGCACCUUGUUCUGUUAGUGCCAAGCCAUGCCCUUCAGUUUGUCGCUGUGAUGUGGGUUUCAUUUAUUGUAAUGAUCGCGAUUUGACGUCUAUUCCUACAGGAAUCCCAGAGGAUGCAACCACCCUCUUCCUUCAGAACAAUCAAAUAAAUAAUGCUGGGAUUCCUUCAGAACUGAAGAACUUGCUUAGGGUGGAAAGAAUAUAUUUAUACCACAACAGCCUAGAUGAAUUCCCCACUAACCUCCCUAAGUAUGUUAAGGAACUGCAUUUGCAGGAGAAUAAUAUAAGGACCAUUACUUAUGAUUCACUUUCCAAAAUUCCUUAUCUGGAAGAACUGCAUUUGGAUGAUAAUUCCGUUUCCGCCGUUAGCAUCGAGGAUGGAGCUUUCCGGGACAACAUCUAUCUCAGGCUCCUUUUCCUCUCCCGAAAUCACCUCAGCACCAUCCCCUGGGGUUUGCCUAAAACCAUAGAAGAGCUGCGCUUGGACGAUAAUCGCAUCUCCACCAUUUCUGAGCUGUCCCUCCAAGACCUUACAAACCUAAAACGCCUUGUUUUAGACGGAAAUCUCCUGAACAACCACGGAUUGGGAGACAAAGUCUUCGUCAACCUGGUCAAUCUCACAGAGCUGUCGCUGGUCCGCAACUCCCUCACAGCCGCGCCGGUAAAUUUGCCGGGAACGAACCUAAGGAAGCUUUACCUCCAAGAGAACCACAUCAACCGCGUGCCACCCAACGCUUUCUCGUACCUGCGGCAGCUGUACCGACUGGACAUGUCCAACAACAAUCUCAGCAAUUUACCUCAGGGCGUCUUCGAUGACCUGGACAACAUCACCCAGCUCUUCCUGCGCAACAACCCCUGGCACUGCGGGUGCAAAAUGAAGUGGGUGCGGGACUGGUUGCAGUCGCUGCCCCUGAAAGUGAACGUGCGCGGACUGAUGUGCCAGGCGCCCGAGAAAGUGCGCGGGAUGGCCAUCAAAGACCUCAGCGCAGAGCUGUUUGACUGUAAGGACGACGGUGCCAUCAGCACCAUCCAAAUCACCACCGCGGUCCCCAACACGCUGUACCCUGCCCAGGGCCACUGGCCGGCGUCCGUGACCAAACAACCCGACGUCAAGACUCCCAACCUGAACAAAAACUACAGAACCACAGCGAGCCCGGUACGCAAAAUCAUCACCAUCUUCGUGAAAUCCGUCAGCACGGAGACCAUCCACAUCUCCUGGAAAGUUGCACUGCCGAUGACGGCUCUGAGACUGAGCUGGCUCAAGAUGGGCCACAGCCCCGCCUUUGGAUCUAUAACUGAGACCAUAGUCACGGGCGACAGAAGCGACUACUUGCUGACAGCCCUGGAGCCGGAAUCGCCGUACCGUGUGUGCAUGGUUCCCAUGGAAACCAGCAACAUCUAUCUCUCCGACGAGACGCCCGAGUGCAUCGAGACCGAGACGGCCCCGCUCAAGAUGUACAACCCCACCACCACCCUCAACCGGGAGCAGGAGAAGGAGCCCUACAAGAACUCCAGCCUGCCCCUGGCCGCCAUCAUCGGCGGCGCGGUGGCGCUGGUGGCCAUCGCGCUGCUGGCCCUGGUGUGCUGGUACGUGCACAGGAACGGCUCCCUGUUCUCCCGGAACUGCGCCUACAGCAAGGGACGCCGGAGAAAGGACGACUACGCCGAAGCGGGAACCAAGAAGGACAACUCCAUCCUGGAAAUCAGGGAGACGUCCUUCCAGAUGAUACCCAUCACCAACGACCAGGUGUCCAAGGAGGAGUUUGUAAUACACACCAUUUUCCCACCCAACGGCAUGAACCUGUACAAGAACAGCCACAGUGAAAGCAGUAGUAACAGGAGCUACAGAGACAGUGGUAUUCCAGAUUCAGAUCAUUCACACUCAUGAUACUGAGGGGGACACGAAAGACUGCUUGGGGUUUUGUUGGUUUUUUUGGGUUUGUUUUGGUUUUUUAAAGAAAAACGAGAAAAGACUGACUUAACAGUUGCUGUUCUACUGCAAAACACUGGAUUAAAAGACUGACAAAGCAAUGUACUGUACAUUUGCCAUAUAAUUUAUAUUUAAGAACUUUUUAUUAAAAGUUUCAAAUUUCAGGCUACUGCUGCGAUUAAUGUAGUGGGGAUACCUGACCACAAUUCUAUAUUUUAGUAUUUUUUAGUAAUUUGUACUGUAUUUUCCUUGCUAAUAUUGAAGUUACAGACCAUUUAACUUUUGUGUUCUACUGAGUAAGAUGACUUGUUGACUGUGAAAGUGAAUUUUCUUGCCGUGUUGAGCAGUCAGAACAUUCAUCUGAGAUCCUUGUAAGUGUAAGCACAGGCCAUUUUUCACUUUGGUAUCAAUAAAAUAAUGUUGAACCUGGCAAAUCAGGAAGAUCAAGAAGUGGUUGCAAAAACUCACCGGACUUUCCAUGUUGGGUCUAUUAAAUCUGUAAACCACGACAAUAUUCAAUAAACAAAAAUGUGUGUAGUAAUGGGCAAUAUCAGCUGUCUGGAUAUAUAUCCAUUCAACAAUGGUGAAAUCCAAUUUAAAAGCAAAUAAUCCAGGUGAUGACAUGCGUGAGACUGAAGCGUUUGACACGUGUUAAGAAAAAAAAAAAUUGAUCCCUAGAAGAAAACAAUGGAAUUCCUAACAAGGAAUUUUAUAAAAAGGGAGGGGGAAGAAAACAAACAAACAAAAAAAAAAAGAGUGCUAGGCUCUACAAACCAAGGGAGUAGAUAGAAUUUAGGCAUAGAUUUUUGGUUAUCAAAGCCAGUGGUCUGUGUAUUACAGAGAAAA